UUUACAGGUACAACACCCCUUCACUUCAAAAUUGGACUCAUCCACUUUAAUUGACAGGUAUUUUAUGAAAAUACUUGUUAUUUUGUAUGAAUUCAGACAUUUAAGUGUAUAAAAAUGGGAGAUUUAAUGUGGGCAGGAUUAGGGUUUGUACUGUGUAUAUGUUCUUGCCUUUUGAUCGUCAUUGCCUUUUCGACCCCGUACUGGAUCGUACCUGAGGAAGGGGCUGUUGUUUCAACUCAGUUGGAGAAGCUCGGUUUGUGGGAAAUCUGCUUCUCGGGCUACUACGAUCAUCGGGAUAGUUUCGGCCGAACCUACAAUGGAUGUUGGUGGAUAUUUGCCAGGGAAUACGAUGCGAUCAGGAAAUAUCUCAUUACAGGUUGGUUCGCAACAACUCAAGCUUUAAUGACCGUCAGUAUGAUCCUUUCUCUUAGUUGUGUACUCUUUGGGUUACUCAUGCUCAUGAAAUGUUUGCCAACAAAGGCUCAGGUCUACUCCGCCAUAUUUACAACUAUAACAAACUAUCUUAUUUUUAUUAUGGUAGCAGUAGGACUGAUAUAUUUUGGUACGCACGCGGACACAGACAAGUCGUGGCUUAAGUUUCCAAAUCUACGGACUUUAUCCUGGUCUUUCUAUCUAGCAGCAAUAGGGGGUAUUUUUGCUUUAUUGGCAGCGAUGGCGUAUACCUUAUACUGGAUGAAAGUCAGGGUUGCGGGACGGGCUAGCACGGCGUACAGAGCACACGAGCUACGAACGUACAGACAGGACCGUUACUUUAGAUGAGGAAUUUUAUGAAAGAUAUUGUUGGUUUACAAACUUAAGAACAGACCUCUACUACAUUCCUGCAGAGAAUGUGUUUUGGCGAUCAAAAAUGGCAUAUUACAUUCUGUUCACUCGUGCACAUACGCACAAAGAUCAUUGAACACUAUACACAUACAGUUUAAAGGCCCAUUAUGUCCACAAAAAGCUUUUAUUUUUAUUUCUCUAAAGCUUUUUAUAUUUGGGGUCCUGUUAUAAUAGAGAAGGGUCUCAUGAAUCUAACCUUUGAAUUCGGGUUAUGAUUUCUUUCAAAAAGGCCGUUCAAUUGUUUUUGUUUUGUUUUGUUUUGUAACCAGUUUGUUUAGAUUUAGUUAUGGCUUUUCUUUUUCUGAAACGCAUAAUAUAUAAUAUGUGUAAAUUAUAAUAAAUUGCUUGGUUUCGUUAUUUUGUAUUCACUGAUAAGUAAACCUCGCAAAAAAUACAUAAAUACAAACGUUGCUGUCAACUCGUUAUUUGAUAUGAUCAUUCAUUCAAAAUGGAACCCAUGAUAAUUAAAAUUUUGAUCCGAUCAAAUUUUGCAUUAAUCUCAAAAUUUGGAUCAAUUCUCAGGAUAUAAGGAUGAUUUGUAAGAUGUGAGUCAAAAUCUGGAUCUUAUAAUAAAUCAAAUAUCUGAAUAUAUGUUUAUUUUCUAAGAGUUGAAUAUUUUCCCCCAUUAUUUAUACUCCGUGUUAGGUUUUAUAAAGAUAACGUAUUUUUUCAAACUUGAUAAUGACACAAUUUCAAACAUAUUUUUACUUACAUUUAGUAUAUAUUUUCCAUUCUGAGGGGU